UCCACCAUGUUCUCUCAGCGGUAUGAGUCCUCCAGCCGGAGCUUUUCCAAGGGCAGCUUCUCCAAGGGUCACAAAGUCUCCAAGUCCAGCUCUUCCUUCAGCAAGGAUAGCGGCAUCUCGAAGAAACGUCAUGAGUCUCGUCAUCGAAGAGCAGCCACCAGCCUGGGAUCUUCCAUCGUGACCCUCGUUAUCGGUGCCGAACAGCGUCUUUUCGCCGCCCAUGAGAACGUCCUCUCCGCGAGCCCCUUCUUCGACAACGCCAUGCGAAACCUCUACACCGAUCCCGCUGCGAAGAGGAUUUCGCUUCCAGAUGAGGAACCCGAGAUUUUCAGCUCGGUGCUGGAGUUCAUGUACAAGGGGGACUACUAUCCUCGCCUAGUGCACAACAAACGGCGGGACUCGUGGGAAUUAGAACCCACUGUCAGUGACCAUGACAAGAGGGCCGCGGAGAGCACAGUGUACCACCAUGGUGUUGACGGGGACCUCCUCAAGGACACCGUCAUCUACUGUGCUGCCGAGCGAUAUGGUCUAGGCGAAUUGAAGAAGCUGGCUCUACGAAAACAAGGUCUCCAAUCAGGCAUCCAGUGCAGCACCAUCUUGGCCUCAGCCAGAUAUGCGUACGCCAACACCCCCGAAAACGACUCCAAGCUGCGAGCGCACUACCUGGCCCUUAUUAUUCGGUCCCGUAGCACCUUCAAGCGAAGCGGCACCAUGCAGCUCGAGAUGUUCAAUGGAGGCACCCCUCUCUUCUUUGACCUUUUUGUGGCGCUGUGCAAUCACGUCGAUGAUAUUUCGUCUGCGCAGUAG